AUCUCUCCUCCUCCUCCUCCUCCACCUCCGCGCGUCCCAAUCUCCAACCCCGCGUCCCAAAUCCCAACCCCUCCCGACACAAAUCCUCUCCCCUCGUCCCGAUUCCGCCGUCAAAAUCCAUCCUUGCGCUGUCUCCUUCGCCGGAUUCGAGGUGAGCGCCCAAUUUGGGCGUCAGAAAUCGCGUGUUCUUGGAGGAAGGAAGGAAGGCUUCGUUUUUUUGGGAUUGAGGGGGCGGGAGCUCGGAGCGCUGGGUUGGUUUUGAGGGUGGGGUGUGGGAGUGGGGCGCUGAUGGUGGCGAGGAUGUGGCCAUGGCCGCCGCCGGCGAGGAAGUUCCGGGUGCGUCUGGUGGUGCGGCGGGCGGAGGGGCUGGCGCCUCCGCCGGCGAGCUCUUCGUCGCCGGGGGCGUCACCGGGUGCGGCGGCGGCGGCGGCGGCGAAGGUGGCGGUGGAGGUGAGGUGGAAGGGGCCCAAGGCGUCGCCGCUGGGGUCGCUGCGGCGGGUGAUGCACAGCAACCGCACGCGGCUGGUGGCGCCGGCCGCCGCCGUGGCGUGGGAGGAGGAGUUCGAGAGGGUGGAGACGUUCCCGGCGACGUCGCACCGCAAGGCCGCCGCCGCCGCCUUCCACCCAUGGGAACUCGCCUUCUCCGUCUUCAAUGAUUCAAAUAAAGGGCCAAAAGGUGAAUUGGUUCUGGGAACAGCUUCAGUAAACCUAGCAGAGUACACAUCUUCAGUUGAAGAGGUUGAGAUAAUCCUUCCGUUGUCAGUGCCAAAUGGUGCAUCUGAGUCUUCCCCGUCACUUCAUCUUACUUUGAGCCUGGUGGAAUUAGGACCUCCUCACCAAUCUCCUGAUGCUUCACAGCGUUCUGUUGCUACCGCUCCAUUGUCACCUUCCUCUGGUGACUCUGUUCCUUCCAGUAAAGAUGAGGUUUCUUCUGUCAUUAAAGCGGGGCUAAGAAAUCUGAAGAUUCUCACCGAUCUAGUGUUGACGCGGAGGUCCAAAAAGACUAACCGAGAUGAUGAUGGCAGUGAGGAUAAGUGCUAUGUUCAUAGUGAUGGUGCGGAAUACCCUUCUGAUACUGACUCCCUUGAUGAAGAUCUAGAUAAUAGAGAGCGGGAUGGUGACUUAGCAGGUUCAGCUGUUAGAAAAUCCUUCAGCUAUGGUUCCUUGCAGUCUGUGAACUAUGCUGGUGGCCUGCUUUAUGCACAUGCAAGGAUUGAUGGAGAGCAUGAGGACUGGAUAUACUACAGUCACCAGAGAUCUGAAGCAGGUUAUUCGGUAGAGCAGGAGGCCUCAUCCACUGCUGCUGAACCUGUGGUUUCAAUAUCACGGAAGAGUCUUCUUCCCUGGAGGAAGAAGAGGAAAUUGAAUUUGCGGUUGUUGAAGGUGCUGAAGAACAAAGGGGAACCUUUACUGAAGAAGGGGAAUGUCGAAGAGGGAGGUGAUGAUAUUGACUACGAUCGGCGGUUACUGACCACUUCUGAUGAUCAUACUUUAGAGGGAUCAUCAGAUAGCUCCACUAACAGUAUGGUGUCAAUAUUUGGUGAUGACAAUUUUGUAGUUGGGAACUGGGAGUCAAAGGAAGUACUUAGUCGUGAUGGCCACCUGAAGUUGUCUACCCAUGUGUUCUUUGCAUCAAUUGACCAGAGAAGUGAACGAGCUGCAGGGGAGAGCGCCUGCACAGCACUUGUAGCUGUCAUUGCAGAUUGGUUUGAAGCAAACCAGGAUCUGAUGCCAAUCCGCUCGCAGUUUGACAGCCUUAUCCGAGAAGGAUCUUUAGAAUGGAGAAAACUAUGUGAGAACGAGACGUAUAGAGAGCGAUUUCCUGACAAGCACUUUGAUCUUGAAACUGUCCUUCAUGCCAAGAUUCGUCCACUCACAGUUGCUCCCAACAAGUCAUUCAUUGGAUUCUUCCAGCCUGAAAGUACUGAGGAUGGAAGUGGAUUCGACUUUCUUGAUGGUGCGAUGUCAUUUGACAACAUAUGGGAUGAGAUUAGCCGAGCAGCGGAGUGCUCUACUGAGAAACCUACUCUCUAUAUUGUCAGCUGGAACGACCACUUCUUUGUCCUCAAGGUUGAGGCUGGCGCCUAUUACAUUAUCGAUACACUUGGUGAGAGACUGUAUGAGGGUUGCAACCAAGCUUACAUUUUGAAGUUUGAUGACAACACUACAAUUCACAAAGUACCUGCUGAAAAGAAAGAAUCCAACGCUGAUUCCAGCGGACGCUUGAAGGAUUCUUCGGAUAGCUCCUCAACUGAUCAGGAUAGCGGAACUGACACUGAAGAGUGUGAGCUCGUUUCAAAGGGCAAGGAAUCAUGCAAAGAGUACAUCAAGAGCUUCUUGGCUGCUAUCCCGAUCCGAGAGCUGCAGGCCGACAUCAAGAAGGGUAUCAUAGCAUCGACGCCACUGCACCACCGUCUCCAGAUUGAGUUCCAUUACACCGAAUCAUGCCCCGAGAUCCCACCUCCUGCUCCAUUACCAACCUUUGAAGCUCCUUUUGAAUUUUCCUGGCCUGAACCACCAGCAGCCAUGGAGGUUACCCUAGCACCUACAGUCGCAGUCAUAUAACUCAACAUGGCAGGCGACAUCCCAGGAAGUUUCUGCCCUAAUGUUUAACAUUUAGAGAGCCUCUUUUUCAGGGCGAAUUGUGAAGUGAACCAGAUCAAAGAUUUGGCUUCGUUUCUAGUUUGCACUGUGUUUUUUUUGCUGUCUAAUUAUGAUGAACUGACUAGUAUAGGUGACCCCCCCUUUGGUGCGUUUUCUUCACCUUCUCUUCCAGGCUUUGAGUUCGGGAGCUCUCAUUUUGUAAAGAAAGAAAUGAUGUUUGCUCCUACCUAUCUUCACCUGUGAAGUGGCUUUGUGCUGAAAAUCUUGUAAUCCCUGAACCAUAUCUAUUAUGUUAAUUAAGCUCAGUUAUCUUCUA